UAGUUUAUGGCGGACAUGAUCGUAUUUUUGGUUAUAUUUGCGACGCGCGUACUUCGUGAUUUUCCCGCGAAUAACCAGUACAUCGUUCGAUGAAUAUCGCGGAGAAAGGAAUAUCCAGGCUUCGAUGAAAAAAUUGACUGCGUCGAAGGACAAUAUUGGCCGGAACUGCGUGCCAACGAUAUUAAUUAUAGCGGUGGCAGGUUCAUGAUCGAAAUCAGGCUUUUUAGUCAUAUACGAUUUCAGUUAUGAUUAUUCGACACAGUCGUUUUUGCGAGAUUUACGUCAUUAGAACGUGAAAUUCGAUGGAGAAAAAAAGUGCCCCGUUUCUGUCGAACGGUCAGUGAAACUGCGUGUCCCUGUGCAACUCUCGUUCUGUAACCUUUUUUUGCCAGGUGCCAGUUCUCUUUUCGUGGUUAAUUUGUUAGAUUCGAAGUUCGCGAUCGAGAGAAAUUAAGCAAUUUCUAUUUAGUUUCACUUUGUUUUCGACGCAAUUCGUUCUCAAUGACAAUUGGUACUGUUAUAACCUUUAUUGUAUAGGUUACUUUCACCCGGUUGCUCAGUUUGUUGAUUUUCUUGGUUUCGUACCUGUUGCUGUUAGUCAUACUCCAGAGCCUUGUCGUUUACAAUAAUUGUAGAUCCAAUGAAAAUUCGUAAAUAUUGUAAACGGAUCAAACGGGGCCGUUCAAAUGACAGGUUAUUGCGUGCACUGAAGCGUGAAUCGAGAUUAGUUCAUAUUAAGAAUCGAUAUUAUUAAUGUCGCUACUUGAAGAAUUCGCAGCUGAGGACAAGAGUUUCCAGAGAUUGGAUGCUCUGGACACUAAAAAGUGGGUCGACUCGUCUAGGAAUAACCAAGCUAGCUAUGAUCCAUCACAGAAGAAGACCAGCAUUUAUGUCAUGGAAAUGGAAGAGAAGAAGAAGAGCGUGCAGGAAUUCCAAGACGAUUAUGACCCCUACGACCAUAGAGUAGUAACACAUCCAACAACGUUCGCGGAGACGUUGCUCCAUUUGCUAAAAGGCAGUUUAGGAACUGGAAUUCUCGCGAUGCCGAGUGCUUUCCAUAAUUCCGGAUAUGCAGUUGGUACAGUAGCGACAAUAAUUAUUGGCAUGUUCUGUACUUACUGCAUGCGAAUACUCGUCAAUUCGGAAUACGAGUUGUGUAAAAGGAAGAAGGUACCAUCGUUGUCGUAUCAUGGCACUGCCGAGGCUGCGCUGUCGGUUGGUCCUGUACCCUUGAGGCGAUUUGCUAAACCAUCAAUCCACGUGAUAAACGUAUUCCUAUUGGUGUACCAGCUAGGAACUUGCUGCGUCUACACCGUGUUCAUUGGCACGAAUUUGGAAAAGGCGCUGAACGACUACUUACCCAAUAUGGACGUCAGAUUGUACAUGGUGGCCAUUUUGGUGCCACUGAUCCUCGUUAACUGGAUCAGGAAUCUGAAGUUUUUAGCGCCAUGCUCAACUAUUGCCAAUUUCAUCACGCUCGCCAGCUUUAGCAUAAUACUGUACUAUAUCUUCAGGGAACCAUUAUCCUUAGAAGAUCGGGAACCGAUCGGUCACGUGACCAACUUCCCACUUUACUUUGGUACUGUACUCUUCGCCCUGGAAGCUAUAGGAGUGGUUAUGCCACUGGAGAACGAGAUGAAGAAACCGAAGAAGUUCAUGAGUCUCUUCGGUGUUCUGAACGUAGGAAUGAGUACCAUCGUCGUUUUGUACACAGUGAUUGGUCUUUUCGGAUACAUUCGUUACGGAAGUGAAGUAGGUGGUAGCAUAACGUUAAAGUUAGGGGAACACGAAAUAUUAGGACAGUCCGUCCAGCUUCUGUUGUCUCUGGCCAUCUUCUUUACGCAUCCGAUUCAAUGCUACGUUGCCAUCGACAUCGUUUGGAACGAGUAUAUUGCACCGAAGUUGGAGAAAAACUCGCGCAAACUUUUGUGGGAGUACGUCUUGAGGACCUCCAUUGUUCUUAGUACAUUUCUAUUGGCCAUAGUGAUUCCGGAGUUGGAACUUUUUAUAUCGUUAUUUGGCGCUCUGUGUUUAUCCGGCUUGGGUCUGAUAUUUCCCGCCAUAAUUCAAAUCUGCACAUUCUGGGGCGUGAGCACCCGCACCGAGAGAGCCAUAAUGUUAGCCAAGAACAUGUCCUUGAUCCUAUUCGGAUUGCUAGGCCUAAUAGUGGGAACGUACACGAGUCUCCGCAACAUCGUCAGGAAAUUCUCUUGAAUCGAAAGGACGAUUUAAAUAAGGAGACAAUGAAGAGUGGUGGCAAGAAGAGUUUGAGGAAGAGGAAGGAAGGAUCGCUCUCUAAGAGCAGAAUCAUGAGAUAGCGACGUAGAUGUAGCCGAUCGAUCGUUCGAACGAUCGAUCCUGGUUGGACGAGGAUCUUCUUGUUUACCGUGGAUGUAUUUUAUAAAUACGCUUGAAUCACCUUAGUACGAGACUGAGUGAAUCAUUUGCAGUGCGAAUGAGGAGCACGAGAAAAAAGGAAAGGAAAGAACGAGCCAAUCGCGUCCAACUGUUAGAUAAAACGCUCGUGGAUAUCGUGUUCCGUUGUGCAACAUUUGUCACGGAAUCACGUUAAGAUUCUUUGUUUCCUUUUUUUCUGACAUGGAACUGUUUUUAUCGUUUGUUUACGCCCGUGCUUUUCAAAUGUCACGGACGAGAAGUGUUUUCAUUGGAAAGAACGCGUGAUAUUUUGAUAUAAUUGGUUAAAGAAUUCACGAAUAAAUCUAUUUAUGGAACCGAGAA